AUGCGGUCUUUCUCUCUUGCAUCCAUCUCCCGCGCAUCUCGCAUCACCACCAGACUCAACUCCUUUGCACCCCAAUCUCGCAACUUCUCCUUUACACAAGCAAUCAUGGGCGUUACCAAGACUACUCACCAGGAGGGCACCGGCCCUGUCGCUCAGAACGGCCAGACCGUCACCAUUGAGUACACUGGCUACCUCAAGGACGAGUCCAAGCCCGACAACAAGGGCGCCAAGUUCGACUCUUCCGUUGGCCGCGGCGACUUUGUCGUCAAGAUUGGCGUUGGCCAGGUCAUCAAGGGUUGGGAUGAGGGCGUCACCCAGAUGCAGGUUGGCGAGAAGGCCACUCUUGACAUCACUCCCGACUACGGCUAUGGUGCUCGCGGCUUCCCCGGCCACAUUCCCCCCAACUCUAGCCUCAUCUUCGAUGUCGAGCUCAAGAAGGUCCAAUAA